AUGGGCGACGGCAGCAGCAAGAAGCGCAAGCGCGAUGGCGACGCGGCGGGCAAGCCCAAGAAAAAGGUUGUCCUGGACGCCCCUCCAGCGACCGCCAAAGUCUCCUCCGUCCUGCGGCCCAAAUCCUGCCCUCCCGUGAUAGCUACCACGCCGGGUUUGGAAGUCCCCAGGAAUGUCGUCUUUCACUCCUACCAGUCCAAGGACGAGGCGCGGUCAAAAUCGAAGCAGCCCAAGCAUACCAUCGACAAGGAGAUCCUGCUGCACUCCACUGCACACCGCAGCCUGGAUUACACUGCUAGAGAAGAGGAGCCUAGGGGCUCGAAGCCUCUCAUGAAGCACUACGUGGGCGUCUACGACCCCAAGACGGGCAAGCUCGAGGUGGUCGAGGCCAAGAAGAUGGUUGUCAGAGGCCAGGUUCGCGCAAAGCAACUGCCCACUGCUUCGGCCAAGGAUAUCGGAGCCAGACAGACCAAUAUGGAGCGCAAGACGGACCUCGGACAGACGUUUGGUACCAAAAAGGCCAAGAAGGCGAUCCGCGAAAAUGUCCUCAAUGCCAUCGCGCCGGAGAAGAAGCCCGGAGAUGGCUCGCCGACAAAGAUCGACAACGCAGCCCGCGCCAUGCUCGACUCCGUCGGGGCCCUGACUUCGCAAAUGGCCACGAGAGAACAGCUGCAAGCCGUCGUCGACGAGGCCAAGCCCGUGCCAAAGGCCAACCUCGAGGCGACGGAGAUCCAGGACGUCUACGACCCGGACGUCAUCAUCGGAAGCGACAUACUCAACCUCGUACCAAUCCGCGAAUGGCAAGAAAAGGCCCGACACAAGGAAGGCAUCCAGAUUCCCUCGCGGUUCAUCGCCGCCCGCGUCAACGCCAUCGCCAUCAACGACGAUGCCCUGACCCGGCUGCGGGUUCUGCGAUACAUGGGAUUCGUGCUGCUCUUCUACCUCGGUACGAAGCCCGGCAAGCAAAAGGGAACCAGACAGCUGCCGUCACGGGAGAAACUUCGCGAGCUGCUGUCGCCGGCGCCGGAAGCCGUCGUCGAAAACAUCCGCCGCAAGUUCUCGGACGCGGGCACGAUGCGCAAGUUCCACAUCGACCUGCUCAUGACGCACUGCUGCGUGUUCGCGUGCAUCGUCGACAACUUUGAGGUGGACACGGAGAACCUGCGGGACGACCUGAGGAUAGAUCAGGGGUCCAUCAACAAGUUCUUCCACGAGAUUGGCGGCAGGGUCAAGCCGGUGGGUAGCAAGGCGGAGGGACGCCAGGCCAACAUUGCGCGCCUCGCGCUGCCGCUCGACUUCCCCAAGCAGAGGCACAUUGCUCCUCGCCGGAAAUAG